CUCAAAUGGAAUGAUUUAUCUCACUUGGCUGCUUAACGUUGCCCGUGCCAACACGGGGCAUAGAUGGACUUAAAUCUCACUCACAUUGUCGUUGAUAAUAUCAGGGAGGCGGGCUUCGAUACGAUCGAAUAAGCACCAGGUAAAACAUACAAGGAAGCCCCAUAUGCAGAUGGAUACAACAUGGGCAGACAGGAAACAUCCACUGGGACAGCAUAGUACUUUUCAGCAGGACUCUUCUUGAGAGCACAAGAAGACUGAGAGCUGCUAAUUAGGCCAUUCAAGUGCACCACAGAACUGCUGUCCAAUGGUUGUAACACUUUUACGCCAGGUCUCUUCUAAUGCUGAUCUUAAAAGGUUAAAAAAUGAGCCACCAAGUCAAGGGGAGGCUUAUAAUCCAACAGAUGUGGAACAUUUGGCCAACAUCAUCCCCCAUGGAGCAUGGGUGGCACCAAGUUUGGCAGCACUUGUAUUUAUGGUGUACCUGGCAGCAUCUGAUUUGCACCUGACAGUUGUGAUCAUCUAUGGGCUGGCCUUAAUAGCUCUCUUCUCUGUCUCCACCAUUUUCCACUUCAUCUCUUACACUGGCUGGCUUCGAAACUGGAAAAAUUUUUUUCAUAUUGGAGACCGUGCGGUUAUUCAUGUAUUCAUUGCAUCGUCUUACACACCUUGGCUGAUUCUGAAGGAGUUUCAUUCGUGGGCAGAGGAGGUAUUGACUGUUGUAUGGGUACUGGCUGUUUGUGGAAUUCUUUACCAGUACCUGUUCCAUGAACAAUACAAAUGGCUUGAAAUUGUCUUGUAUCUAGUGAUUGGGGUGUGUCCCUCCAUCAUCAUCAUGGAUAUGAAAGAGUCUUCAGGACUAUAUGAGCUGUCUCUGGGGGGGAUUACCUAUAUGCUAGGUGUGCUUUUCUUUAAAAGUGAUGGAGUCAUUCCCUUUGCCCAUGCCAUCUGGCACUGUUUUGUUUUCGUGGGCGCACUUUUCCAUUAUUAUGCUGUGUGUGUAUAUCUUCUUGGUGCACCAGUCACAGCAGGUGUUGGAGACAAAACACCAUGAAUCAGCAAAAGAUUAGCAAAUAACAACAAUGGACAGCAAACAGCAUAUAAUACUAUAAAGUGUAUACAUGUUUGACUUUUGAUUUUGACUGUAUGUGAGUGUGUGUGAUAAUGCAUGACAUUUACUAAAAUUAGUUUAACUGUUUUUGUAGAUACCAUGUGUAAUUGUGUACAUGCAUGUAUGUUUAAGGGUUUAUUUCACAUAUAUAUAUAUAAUCCAUGUGCAUAUUUGUGCAUGCCUGCACUUAUGUGGGUUUACACAGAAUGGCAUAUGUGUACCCCUAUUUGUCUAAAAAUACAUGGGAUUUAACAAAAGAGAGCUUAUUUUUGGAUUAGUUAUUGCACUGCUGGUUUCAUUUGGUUAUUUUUAUUUAAUUAAUUUUCAGUUUUAAUUUUACAUAUUUUGUUUUCUGUUUGGUUUGUCAAGAAAAUGCACAAAUAGUUGUAAGGCCAGUCAUAGUGGUGAUAUGUUUUUGAAAAUAAUUAUAACAAAGCAGGCAUAUAUCAGGUCUGAUUAUAUUUCCUAUUGAUAUAUUUUCUAGACUUUGUAAUAUUUUGUUUAAUUUAUUAUGCUUAAUAAUACUCUCUCAUGAAGAAAUUAGAAAGCAUGAAUAGUUAAUUAUAUUUUUCAUUACAUUCAUUCAUCAUGGAGAGGUGCAUUUAUUGCAGGUGCACACACACAUACAUGCGUUCAAGGAGAGAGAGAGAGAGAGAAAAACACUUGUGUUUAGUUGAAAAAUUCCUUACAAUACUAAGAUGUUGACUUUGCCAGUGUCUAACAAAAAUGCUAAGCAUAUUUUACACAUAUUUUAAAUUAUAACUUCUGCUGUUCAAUACUAAGCUAAUAAUAAAUAAUACACCUAGAAUGGAUAUCUGUGUUGUACAGUAUACAAACUAAAAAGUUCUUCAAGUGUAUGUUUCGUGUAUUUUGUGGAGUAACACUACUGCACUUUGGUUGCAGUAAAUGCUAGCAACAAAGUUAUGAGAAGUUUCAAUUACCACAAUAAUAUUUUUAAGCACUGGCAUUUGUAAUUUUUUUUUUAGUCAACUAACGAAUCACUAGUCAAAUGUUUGACCUGUGAUAUACCUGUGUUCUUCUGUAUAAAAUGUUUUUCAAAGCAUUUUUGUGCUCUUUUUCACUUUAAGAAUUUACUAGAAAUAAACAUCUUUUUGAGUCCAAAAGCAAAACAUCUUUGUACAACAGGAAUAUGCAUAUAAUUUUAUUAUUUAUGAUCAUGUUGCACUUCUGUAUGUUUUGCUGCAUAGCCAUGACAUGACUGUUGAUACAGCAUCAUGUAUUCUUUCUUUUCUGUUAGCUGUUGCUGUAACUUUGAUGUUAUGUUUAUGUGAUGAAUGUAUGUGCUUGUGCACACUUGUAUGUAUGGAUGAAUGUCUUGCAUGGGUAUAUGUAAAGGUUGGAUGUCAAGACAGUGUCUUUGCUUUUCUGCAUAUAGUUUAUGCACAUGCAUGUGUGUGCACAUGGACAUGCAUGUUUGUAUGCAGGGCUUUAAUCAAAUGAAUAAUUGUGUUUUUAUCUUAUAUAAACAUAUUGCAUGAUAUGAGAAGUGCUGUUUCAGCGACGUAUUUUAGUCACUAUCAUUAUUUUCCUUUGUUUCCAGUUUCAAACUUAGUGUAUCAGUUAAUUUGUGUGUUUGUGUGUGCCAACAACUUUUAAUGAAUUAUUAUGUUCGGUGUAGUAAUCCAUUAAUAAUUGCAUGUAUACAAGUUACACAAAUGUAGGUAUAGAUAUUUUUCAUAAUCUGUAAGAACACAUUCAGGCACUUGUGCAUGUACAUUAUACUAAAAGAUGCCAUGAUCUUACUUAUUCUCUCACCCACAUAGAUUUGCUUAUUCAGCUCUGAUUUUUUUCUGUCCUCCCCUCUACCAACAACUCACAUUCUAUGUCUUUUAUUGUGUGUACACAUACACACACAUAUGCAUGAACAAAAACAACCACCUAUGCACAUGUGCACACACUUUCAUGCAUGCAUACAUAUCCAUUUCUAAGUAAAUGCAUGUGUUCAUGCGCAUGCAUAUGCACACACACCUGGUAUACUGAUAAUAGAUUUUACAGAAUUAUUUUGAUAUAUUGCAAGAUACACCUAUUUGCUUAUGUGCUGCUCAGAUGUGACUGAUAAUUAUUUAAGGGGAUGGAAUUUUUGUUAACACAAUACCUCAGUUCAUAUAGCCUGAUCUUUAUUUAAGUUCAGGAAUCUGUUAGGGUGUACACAGCAUUCUCAUAGUCAUUUACAGGAAUUACUGUGAUCAUGUAAACAUGUUUAUUCAGCUGCGAUAGUAGUCAUUUACCUAUCCAGCAGGUGCAUGAAAGAAAAAAAAAAGUCAUGAAUGUGUGGUAAUUUACAAACUUGUAAAGAAAUUCUAACCAUGACAAUCUUCUGUUUUCUUGUGGAACCUCUUUUUCAUGUUUAUGUACUUAAAACAUAUAUACACACAGGGCAGAUAUAAACAAAGGCUCUGAAGCAUGUCAAAUUUUAUAAUGUUUAUUCUAAAGUUUGCUGUCUCUUUAUACAUAUAUUAGUUUUUGUUUUGAGUACAUGUCACAGCUAUAUUUUUAUGGUGCUUUAGAAAUACAAUUUUUUCUGUACAUUUAGAUGCUAUGGCAUAUAUCAAGUGGCAAAAUUAAGCAGGAGAAAAUUAAUUACCUAUUGACAUUGUAUAGACAUGCUGAAAUAUUGUUUAGUGGUGCAGGACCAAGAGUUUAUAAAAUUUAUUUAUUAAAUUUUCAUUAAAGAAAUUUUGCAGAUACAGCACUUCAAGAUGAAUUCCAUUUUGUGAAAAAAGAGAAGUUAAUUAUGAUAAUAAAAUGGAAAAAUAAUGUUUUUAAAAUGUAAAGUAUUUCCAUACACAUGUAUUGGAAUGUAAUUAUGUGUUAAAAGAUUCAGAAUAUUUAUAAUGUAAAAAAAAAUGCUUUUGGGGCCCUAUGCUUCAUUGGGAGUGAAUAGGAAGAAGAAAAAGAAAAAAAUGCUUGGAGAUGAAUACCUGGAGCAAAAUCAUGAUCAAAUAAUUUUACCUCUUGUCCUUAAGACAUAUAUUAGACAUAUAAAUAAGACAAAUGCCCAUAUUAAUAAUUUAGAAUGUAAUCAGUAUCAUUUUCAUUAGUUUUAACUGCACUUCUUUUACAUGAGAACAAGUAUACAUUUUUAUAUGAUUGAAUGACCGUUUUGAUCACUACUUGUGUAAACUAAGUUGUACUUGCAGCCAGUAUGUUUUGCUGAGUGAUCUGAUUUUUUUUUUAAAUCUAGAAAUGUGAUCUCUUUUAUUUUGCAGUUUACAUCAUGGGCAGGUACACAUAUACACACAUGCACAGAGACACAAUAUAUUAUUUUGAACAUCCUGUGAGUGAUAAAAAUGAAAGUAAGCAUUUAUCUUUGUCUGUCUCCAAUAAUGCUUCCAUCAAACUGAUCGUUAAUCCAUUUCAUCCAUCAGAUUCUGGAACAAGUUUUUAUGGUGAAAGUUUUUAUUUUGAUAUUUGACCUAUAAAACUUUGCCACUUGAGUGAAGAACUAUUUGAUAAUACACCACCUUCACAUGAAAAUCGUGUCCUGAGGUAAGUAUGAAGACCUCACUUCCCAAAGACUGAAAGGUUAUGGGACUACUUUUACUUACUGUAUGCUGUAUUAUGUUGGAUUUCAACUUGACUUGCUACUGUGGUAAUGGAGUAAUGUUUGUUCUAAACCUUUGGUUGCUCCUUAAGGAAUGUUUGCAUGUUAUAGACAGCUACAAGAAGUCUUUAGUGAUAUAUAUAUAAAGAACAUAGAGAAGGAAAAUUUGUUUUGGUUGACUCACUAAUGAUCCAACAUUAGGUGACUUAUUUGGAGUAACAGAUAUUUAUUUUCCUAUUAGGACCAUUUUCUUGUAGCUUAUUAAAACUAAGGCUGGUUCUCUGUUAUAUUUUAGAUCUUUCAGUAUCCUUUCAUGAUUGCAGUGUUUUUCAGUACAGAUCUGCAUAAUAUGUAUUCUGUUGUUCAUAUAUUUAGUGUGGUUUUAUUAGUGCAGGCCUGCAUAGAUAGCUUAUCUUGCUUUUCGAUGCUCCGAUAUGGUGUGUAUUUGCAUAGAUAUAAACAUUAUUACUAUAUCUAAUAAUUACACUGCCCCAGGUGCUUUUGAUAAUCUGGUUUAGUAAAUGCCAUUCCAUCUGUGUCUCAUCUUGCAUAGAUUUUAAAUCAGAAAUUCAAAACAACUGAAAAUAAGAAAGUAAACAAAUCCACCAAACUAUAAAGAAACACCAUCUUUAUUAUCACUAUAUAUAAUCCAUAAUAUCCAGGAAACUCCAGCCAGGCAAUUUUCAGCUUGCUUUUGAAAGCCAUUACUGGCAAGACAAACUUCUAAUGUCAGUCUAUAGUUUAAUUUAAUGUAAGCUCAUGAAAGGUGGUAUUUUUUUUUUGGCCAAAACUCCGUAAAACUUCUUUGCAUUCUGUAAUGUGAUGAGAAUCUUUGUGCCAUUGCAGUCUUGGACAGAAGUCAACGCUGUGUGUGCACUCACUUUGAUGUAUUCUCAUAUAAACCUGGGUUUAAAUGAGUGUUGAAUAAAGUACCUAUGAUCAAUAAGCAUCCAGUGGUAAAGGCAAACACUCACUUAAGUUUGUAGAAUUAGCUUGGUCAAUUAAAUGUAAUGUUGUAAUGGCAAUGAGAAAAAUAUGGCAGUCACUACUCGUGUAUGAUGGCACUGUUGCUCUGAAGUCUGUGAUUUGUUCCUCAGGUAACUGACCAUGCAGUGACAUUCAGUUACUGUAUUUAUCUCUUUAGCCAGAAAUCUUGGGGUUGUUAUAAGAGAAAUAUUACCUGUACUGAACUCUGUGUGGCCCAGCACUACAUUUAGCAUUUUUUCAUCACUACAUCAUUUAUGUUUUUGUGCUAUUUAGUGCACAGUUCACGAACAGUUAUUUGGUGGAAACAGUUUUACAGUUCCGAAUGAGUAGCUUCUAUGACAGGGUUUUUGGGUAUUGGCACAGAUUGAAUGUGGCACACAAACAUAAAAAUGACAUGUGAUUAACCUGAAUGCAUUUUGUGCUAAGUGGAAAACCUAAGUAUGUUACUAUAUUUCCUGAAAAAAAUGGUUUGAUGAUUUAAUCCUCUGGGCACAUUAAAAUGACAGACCAUAAAAUAUGUCUUGCUGUUGUCAUGAGGUUCAGACUAGAAUUGUUUCUGUUGUCGUGCAUACCUAAGCAAAAGAAGACCACAGAUGUACUGAACAUUCUAUUAAGUGGCACCACAUUAAAGAAACAGCCUUAUAAUUGUGUCACACAGUCCCAGAUGUAAAGAGCAUGUGAGAGUAUGAUUAACAGUGCAGUGAAUCAACCAUCACAGUAUUGUUUUUUUAUAUUUUAGCAAUUGAUAUGUAGAGAAACUGUAUUUUUAAAUCUUAGAGUCCAACAGAGGGGACAAGGUCUUCCUUUAGAUUUUAUCACCUCUACAUAAAUUUAGGAAUUAGGUAGGUGUUCUACUCUUUGUCUCACAAAAUUAUGACAUAUUUGCUGGUCUGGAACAUUUUGAAUUUACAUUAUCUUUUUAUGAUCAGUUUUUUUACAGCAUAACUGAUGGUUCACAAAUGUUUAGGAUACUUGAAAUAAUUUCUCUUUUGAGAAGUCAGGGUUACCAUGUGACCUCUCUUUCCAUGUUAUUGGUAAUAGUGACUAAGGUGUCAGGUGCAACAAGAUAAGUUAGAUUUAACUUCUGUGGUUUGUUAAGUCCAUAUAAAAUACCAUUAAUUCCAUUUUCAAUCUGUGUAAUUUUAAUUGCUAUGUUUAUGAAAAAUUUGUUUCUUCCCAUAUCUUGCUAAAAUAAAAGAUGAGAACUCAA